GUCGGUGUUUUAGGAAAAGAAAAAGAAAUGUAAUUUGCAUCUCUUUGGAUCUAAAAGCUUCCUGUCUAAUUCUAGUGAAAGAUAUUUAUGACUCAACCCAAAGUAACUGAUAGUCGUAUCGACAGACUGACUAAAUUAUUGGGUUACUCAAUCAGGGGAAAAUGUCGUGGGCCAUAGAUCAGAGACGUAAUAGGAAAUGCACAUAUGACGAGAUCUUCAUGGCUCGUUGGUCGUCGAAGUAAAGCCUAGAGGCAGGUUUAUAAUGGAGAGAGCAUGCACUUGUCCGAUCUGCCGCUGCGGUCUAAAAUCUGACGCUCCCUUCAGAUACCGACGGCACCCUCGUUGAUGGCCUUGUUUCCCCUUGAAGUGGAUACUGUAUCUCUACAUUUAGCAAGUUUGAACGAUGGCUGUGUUCUAAAAAAGAUUGAGAGGGCUGAAUUCUAAAGAGGGGGUGAGCGCACACUGAUAUCAUGUCCACAUCUGUUUGCAAUUGAAACAAGUGGCUCGAUCCUUUUUGGUUUUAUCGGUUUAUUCUGGUCGCUUCUUGUUCGAUGUGUAACGAAACUUGUCUCGAUGGUUCUUUACACGUAAUUGAUCUGUUUCAAACGUGUACAAUUCAAUUUGGUGGAGAAAGAAAAUGUAAAUUUUAUUUUUUACUACAAUUUAGUUGCACUAUUUUAAAAUAAUUAUUAAUCGUGUUUAAUGAUUUCUGAGUAAUUUUAACAUUCUUUCAUUUCUAUCUAAUAUCUUUACGUAACUUUGAAUAUCUGUAGUCUAAUAAAAGAUGUAAAAAGAAAGAAAGGAUCGUUACAUUUGCUAAAAAGAAAAAAUGAAGGACAAAUGAUAUCUUGAGAACAUUCGCUGUAUGGAUAGUCGCUUUCAUACUGGUAACUAGAGAUGAUGUUUCAAUAAGAGACGGCAGUUAGGCCGUCUCUAACGUGCGUUUUGGUCGGCCAGCAUUGUCAUUCCCAUAUCUGAACGACCGUUGUUUGCAACAGCAUCACAGAUACCUUACCUAGCUAUUCCACCUUUAUACACGCAUGAAAUCAUCUCUCUGCGAUGCUACUUUUGAUUACGUUCUAUACAAUAAAGUUUGCAAAACAAUGUGCUGUUUUGUUUAAACGCGAUUAUUAUAGGUAUGCAUCUUUGAACAGCAAAAUGAAAUUCAAAAUGUUCUAAAAUUUUAAAAUUUUUUUAAUGAAAAUAAGGAACAGUCUUAAAUUAGCCCUCAGAUAGCGGAACACAGAGAGAGGCACAAUUUUAAUUUAACUUUCUAUUUCAUAUUACUUUUAUUUUGUAAAUUUUAUACUGUUCCUUUAAAAAUUAUUUUUCAUUGAAGACACUCUAUAAAAAUAAUCACAAGUCGUAAUUACUCGGAUUGAACUUCAAUAAACGAACAGGUGUGCACACGUCAACAGACAUAUUAUCGCCAAGUGUCUUACGUGAACGACGAAGAGUUGAUACGAUCACUAGAAAAUUUCGAAGUGGUAUUGAUGUUAUAGUGCACAUGCAACGAAAUGGAGUAUAGUGCCAUUGUCUGGCAUUAUAGGGUGGAUAUAGGUGGCGAAACGCCUCGUUGGUCACCAAAGGACGAUGCCUUUCUCUCAAUCUGUCAUAGCGGUAGCGAAAACGUGGUUCUCCGCACCCGCUCGCCUUCCUCUCCUUUAUCUCUGUUUAUAGACGCCAACGAAGCUUCGGGCCUGUAAUCCAAACAGAGGGUGCCGUAUUCACUCACCAUAACCAUCCACCAUGUGUUCAUUUACCAACAGAUAACUACCGGUUUCCAAGCAAAUAUCUGUGGACACCGAACGCAAAUUUUAACUGGAUCCCUCUUACCUUCGAUAAUCUCCUAUAAAAUCUCACAUGAUUUGAUGACGUAAAAGUAUUGUAAAAUGGCACUUGGGGCAUAUGAAUUUAAAGCUUAAAAUUGGAAAAUUGAAGGAAAGAUUAAAAAUUUUUAUUUUUUGGCAAAAUUAUAAUAGCAUCUUGAUAAAAAAAAAUGUUCAAAAAUUCAUUUUUGACAGCACAAUUAAAAUGACUCUUUAGCAGAGAUUUGACGAAGAGGCGAGAAUAAUCAGUGACAUCUGCGAGUCCAGACAGGCAGCACUAUGGAGGUACCACUUCGGACACGCGGCAUUGCACUCGAGGGUGGCACAAUGCCGUACGAUCAAGUUGGUCCAGGACAAUAGUACUUGUUACGAAGGCAACGAGAUGUCACCGACCAUGAAUUAGCGUUGUGGUCGAGGUCGAGCCGUGAGGAAGGGGUUUCUCUGAAAGGGGUGACAAGCGAUGGAAACAAGAGAGGAGGAAUUCUUUUCUUUCUUGCGUACAGAUGCUCUUUAUCGAAACACAUGGCUCAUGCAACCCUGUGGAAAUUUGAGACACUAUACGAGGGAUUUUCGUCAAGAUAUGACGAAUUUCCAACCCCUCUGAGCAAUCGUAAGUCAGGAUAUCUAAUUACAAGGAUUAACUGGAUUCUCGUAUUAGAAAAGCUGGCUAUGGUUAAUGUUACUUCAGUGCACAAAAUCAUUACAUCUGGUACUAUAGGCUAAAGAUUGUUAAAGAUAAUGGGAGCAGGAUAAUAUCAAAUUUACAGAGGAAAUAAGAAAACAGGGUUUCCAAAUUAAGCGAGCCGUGGAACAAACAGUGGAUAUUGCACGCAAUGUGUCGCAAACGGAGCCCGGAAUCAGUCCUGAGUAAACACGUUAAUGUGUGAAAUACACACAUCUCAUGGUGGCUAAUAUUGCGAGAACGUCGUCGGACAAGACCCUGACACAUUGUCCUUUAGUAGAAAGCGUUACUUUGAUUGCCACUGGGAGUAAACCAAGGUAAUGGAAGUAUUCCAUAUGGACCAUGUUAACGAGUCGCCUUGUAAUUAUCACACUUUCAACGAAUGUUUCAAUAAAGAUAACAAUAAACAGGAAGAUGAAAUUGUCGAAUGAGAAUCGCGGAACGUUUACCACGACUGAAUGUUUGAUACCUAGGCACGACAAUCCAAAUACCAAAUCGAUAUCUCAACAAGAGUUGAACGUCUUUGUUGCCUGACGUCAUCGUCCGUCUGUAAGUUUAUGCAAAGGGGUGGCAGGACAUCGGGCUGGCGGGCAGUGGAUACCUACAUAGCAGAACAAGAUGGCAUCUUCCCAUGAGGAUUCUCGAACGAGGCCGCAAUCCAGCGGAUACACGUCCCAUCGACAGCGUUGGAAACCUCUCCCUUAUCCUCCUACCCCUCUUUCUCUCACCACGUCUGCUUCUCUCCCUUCUCUCACCUUCACCACUCAGUUUUUGUUCCUCCUUCUAUUUCUUCUUCUUCUUCUUCUUCAACUUCGUGCGUGGCUUGGGUGCGUUUGCUUCAUGCCUGUUUUGUCCACCCUGAUAACUUUUCUCCAUACAAAUGUGAACAUUAUUUAUAAUUUAGCAGCUGAACAUCCCAUGGGUGGUUGAUUAAUGGUUAAUCUUCUUCUGAAUUUGCUUACUUAAUUUUAUUAGCAUAAAAAUGUCUGAUAGCAUUUAAAGAGGAGUAUCAUAGAGCAAGGUACAGUUUCGGUAAUCCUUGGUGCACGCAGGGAGGUCGUGUAUCCCUACUACCCUCGUGGGUGUCCUAUCUUCGACCAGCGCAUUCUCCACCCCCGUGGAUCACCGUAUCGCCUCUCACCGGAACGAUUUCUCGACCUGGAUGCAUCGUUACAUUUUAGCUAACUGGCCGAAUUCCCCGUGUUCAUCCCCAAAACGAUCGGUUAACGACACGGCGCACGAGCAUUUCCGCCCCUUCGACGAACCUUCGCUGAAAUCGCCAAUGUACAGGGUCAGUGGUAAUUCGUGCCACUCAGUCGAUUGUUAUCCCGGCAAAUCUGUAACCGAAUGUUCGCAUUGUCAUUUCGUAAACGAGCAUUAUGACGGAACCUUUGCCAAUCAAAUAAAAAUAGUAGAAUUCUUUGGUAUUAGGAAUGGGAGAAUGAUAAAUGAACGGGAUCGCAGAAUGGUCACCGACGUAUCGAGUGACCGUACAAGCUUAUCAUUAAUUCACGAAAACGUAGAUCCCUGCGUAUAAAAAUAAUUUGGUUUAUGGAAACAGACGCGUCCUCGGGCAUGGUAGGAGGAGCUUACUUGCGGUUGCGGUUCCAUGUUCCUGGGUCUGUGUGGAAUAAAUCAUGAAGUGCUUUCUCGAACUUUCCCAAAAUUAGAUGGAACUUGGAGGAAACGAUAAAUAUAAAGAAUCUAUCGAACUGAGCUAUUUACUAAUGAAAAAAAAAAAUAUAACCACAAUUUCUACAAAGACUGGGAAUAUAAUAUAAUAAAUUAUAGUAAUUUUUUAAAAUUUUCAUAAAAUAAUGAAUCAAAUGAAUAAUAAAAGGGCUCGCCUAUCCUCAAUCAAAAACUUCUUUCCACGACAAGAUCGUACCUUCAGAUUAUUUUCUGAAAGGAAGGAUUAACUGGGAAGGUUUGCGGCCUUUAUCUCAGCAAAGGUAAACCCCAAAGGGCUAGGAAACAAAAACGCAAUAGCUAAUGACGUUGACGCGGCAACCUGUUGUUGUCCAGCCCUUUUGAAUGGGAGCAUAGAAGCAGGAUAGCCGUGCUAAUAAAUGGUCCCGUCCGGAGGCGCAUCUGCGUAGGAAAAACUUUAGCCGAAAAACUUGAGCACCCCUUAGGGGGCAUUGCGCACCUCCGUAGUCUCGCCCCCAUUCGAAACGGAGGGCGGUAUUAUCAUUAUAAUCGUGCACCGAUGCGCUGAUCAGCCGUAUUGUCGUACCAAAUGCUGAACUAAACGAAAGCAUCAGUAAAUGAAUGCAUAAAUGCGUCUAACGAUUGACAGGUUGAUGGCCCUCGCAAUGAUAACGAAGACAAAGAUAAUCACGCAUCCACUUCACGAUUCGCGCGUACAAGUACAAACAAACUCGGUCAUAGAAUUCUGGACGGUUCUGGUCGACGCACAUGUUCCGAAUUCGUGAGCCCGGGGGCUGCCACCCUACAUAAGCAUCACAUAUGUCAGGACAUCUUUGACAGGACCCUUCCUUCGCAGGAUACACCAGCUCUAACGCUGGUACAUCACGCUAGAGGGGUUCACCUAUGGAUGGUAUUACAGUGGGGUAAAAUGUGGUUCACUUGAAGGAUGCGUCUCUGUUAGCUUUCAAAGGACUGUCCCUGCAUCGCACGCGAACUUCGUGCACCGUCAUUUCAAAGGCUCUUCGAGGUUUCAGUCGGCAUAUGGAGGAGCAAGUUCUGUGCAUAACAGAACAAACAGGGAAACCAGAAUCGAAAUAUUAUCAUAGCUGAAUAAUAGACUUAGAACGCUUCUAUGGUGGACUAGGUAGGGUGCAUCAGAACUGCAAACCAUAGUAGUGCGGAAUCCCAUGACCCUACUGAUUUGUAAUUGGAUUUGGUCGGUGCAGUGAUGUUCAUUUGACAUCAUUGAGACAUUUAGCCGCGUUGACACCGUUUGCCAUCGGAUUAGCCGAAUAUUUAAGACACUUGUACGAACGUGACCCGUCAUUUCCAAUCACCUAAGCUGUGCUACAAUUUUUGCUAUUCAGAUUUGAGAAUAUCUCAUCUUAACCCAAAUGUUAUAUUUUCUUUUUCAUUGCCUUUCAAGUAUUUAAAAAAAAUAGCCGAAUCGAAGAGCAGAAAUCAAAUAUUACAUUUUUAUUGUCAAUGAACGAAGAGGUUUUUUCACGGAUCAAAGAAUGAAGAAGGAAAAAGUGGCAGCUCCGCUUCUAAAUGGACUUUCACGCUCUAGACUACUCGCGUCAUUGCCAUAAGAUGGCAAUGUUACAGGCCGUUGGGCAGCCGAGAGGGAUCUCAUGAAUCACGACUCUGAAAGAGCGACGAUCUUUUAAAGAACAAAUAGAAAAAAAAUAGAAGGGAAUGAAACCGGUUCGGCACGCGUACAUCUCAAACGCUUUAUAAUGACGCUUGUAAUCAGUCAUUAAGCUUCGUUAUAGAUGAUAUGAAUUUUUCAAACAAUCUCCUUCUUUAAGAAAAUCUUGCAUAAAUAAUUUACAAAUAUUUCCAGUUAUCAUGAACUAUUUUUUAAUUACAUUUAACGGAGGAGGAUCAACCUCGAGACGUUCCAAUUGCUUGUAAAUGUAAAGUACUUGAGAAGAGCUUAUCUGCAAGGUCCAUCGAGGAAAAAAGGGAGGGAAGUCAAAUUACCCGACACAGAAAGCAUUAUCUUUACUUGAUAGGUCUCACACUCUCGAACCAGUGAUUCUCAGCCAUGAAUCUCUUCCGAAACGAAUUUAAAAGUAAUAGAUUGCCUUACAACGGCAAAGUAACAGCAUUGAGAAACACUAUGGACCCGACUUCCUUGUUUCCCUCUUAAAUUUACAAUUCGCCAGUCCCUUCCAGCGCAUAAAUUUAUUCAAACAAAUUCUAUAGUUACUUUUCCCACCAGAACGUCGUGCACUUUCAAAUUUAUGUACCUAAUAUCUUUGUCACUUUAAAGGCUUCGUUUUGCAUGAUUAGUCUAUUUUUAUAUCAAAUCAAUUAGAGAAUUGGUGGAAAAAGACGAGAUUAUAAAUUAAAUUUUUAUUGAACUUAGGUGCAUUUGCCAUUUCAAUAGUUCAAUUGUCAAUGUAUCCUUAAUUACUCAAUCUAAUUAAAUUUCUACCAUGGUGAUCCCCAUGAUAGUCAACUAGUCCUAGAAAACAUUUUCAAUGCACGAGUAAAACAACAACUUCUUUGAACGCUUAUUCCUUUGAAGACAAGUGAUAAGCAGGUGUAGAAAAUUACCGAGAACGCUAAACCUGACAAGAGGAAGAUCAGGUAAACCAGUUGCUAGUAAGCCUCGUUGAUCUCCUGAGGGAGAGACCAUGGAUUUCCCCGUACUUGAUUGCAACUCGAUAAAAACUGGGGCAGGCUAGGUGCGAGUUCGAGGCAGCUUCCACAUCACAGUGAGGUGUUUCUUCGCGGUACGUGACGUUCCUGCCAUUAAAUGUCUGCACGUCAAGAGAGCCUCUCCUUGCCAGACGUCGACGUCUCUCCAGGAAAGGACACCGGUGCUCCGCCAUCGGAGUGCAUUUCAGCGUACCAGCUUGCAAAUACUCGGACGCCAGUCAUUGCUGCGAUUUUCUUCUCAACCGUCCUCUGAUUAUGCUUCCUUUUUUCCCGCGUUUUGUCGCCUCGUAACGCGUCGCUCAUGGAAUUCAUCGUGCUAAGAAACGCAUCCAAAUUUGGAGGACAGUACGAACGACUGCAACACGUGGGCAUCGAAAUGAAGUCCCUGCUCAGCGUCGAAUUUCGACAAUUAUAAAUCGAAGCUAGCAUCGAACGGAGAAGAACGCAACCCUUACCUAAAGGGUCGACGGCGCGCGCCAGAUUGACAGUCUCGUUACGUUACCGUCGCGGCGCCACCGUCUUUGGUAUCCGUGAUGGGUGGAAACUAUCCGUACGGAUGAGCAAGCCGAUUGGUCGGAAGGAAGCCGUUGGAUUGGAGGAAAAUGGAGAAUGGGCAAGGCGAAAGCGGCAGGCUGGUCGUUGCGCCGUGUCAGUAGAGGCCACGCCCAUCGAGAAGUUGGAGGCCCGUCCCCGUUGGGACCCGCUGGCACGCCGCUCGUGCCGGCCCUGACACAUUCGACAAGCGGCGCCGUAACGGGAAGCAACGCGCGGCUGGGGACCUCGAAGGACCUCUCCUCUGGUUACGAGACACCCUACCGACACUUUCGUGCCGGCGAUACGCACCACAUCGACAUUGCCCGCUGCUCAGAUUACCGCCUGCACUACGCGUAUCCGCCACGAUUACAUCAUCCCAGGUGGAUCGUUGGAACAUCUCGAAGGAGUUCGCGGGUACACGCUUGGGACCACGAUCGAGCAAUCGAACGUUUCGAUAUCCCGAAGAAAUUGAGAUCACCAGUUUUUCAUCUGUCGUUUACUCCGACGAUCAGACUGCGGCGUGUUUAACGGGAAAUACCGAGUGAUACCGAGAGUGAGAAAGUUUAGUGAGGGACGAGAGGGACGGCGGACCGGUUUUGUAAACAAAGCCGAGUGAGUAAACAGAGUGGUUCAGUGGAACAAACGGCGGAGACGAGAGCAGUCGUGGCGUCGAUCAUUAGUCGCGUGCUCGUGAUCUACGGGGUAGUAUAACGCGGGACGCGUGUGCGCCGACACGCGGUCGGCAAGGGAUUUCAUGGUGUGACAGGUUGUAAAGAUAUUGAUGCGCAGCCACGAGGCGUCAGCACCACCAUACCGCGCGAUUGAUGCUUGUCCCUGAAGACGCGUCCUGAUCGAGGGGCGAGCGUCUCUCUGUCGCAGAUCAACCGCGAACGGCUCGCGAACGAGCCGAUUAACGUUAUUCGAAAAGGGUGACAACGGGAAGGUGAAAGCCUGUUGCCCCAGGAGAGUCCGUACGGCCUCACGACGCGGUCCGACGAGUGGAGUGGUCUCCUGCCCAGCUCCACGAUCGUGGGUGCUGGGGGGUCGCCAUGGCUCGGACUUGGCGCUGGGGGUGGCACCGGGGCCACCACCGGGGGUGGAAGCCCCGUCGAACUCGAAGGCCACUGGGGACGUAAGCUGUACGGGGCGAGUGUAGCUCCACCACCGCCGCCCCCGCAUCACCACCCGCGGGCGCCUCUCGUUUUCGCGCCUCAGGACAUGAGGCAGAUACUCAAGGAGGAACCUGUGCCACGUGCUUGGCCACAGCCCGCGCUAGCCGAUAACGGAACAGUCGGAGUCGGCAGAGCACACUUCGAGAAACAACCACCAAGUAAUUUGAGGAAAAGUAACUUCUUCCAUUUCGUGAUCGCUCUCUACGAUCGACACGGUCAACCGAUCGAGAUAGAAAGGACCUCCUUCAUGGGUUUCGUCGAAAAAGAUCAGGAAUCCGAGGGUCAAAAGACGAAUAAUGGGAUUCAGUACAGCCUGCAUCUGCUUUACUCCAAUGGUGUCAGGCAGGUGCAGGAUAUCUACGUCAGGCUCAUCGACUCUGCCACCAAACAGGCUAUCAUGUACGAGGGACAAGAUAAGAAUCCUGAGAUGUGCAGGGUCCUUCUGACUCACGAGGUGAUGUGCAGUCGGUGUUGCGAUAAGAAAAGUUGCGGGAACAGAAACGAAACACCCAGCGAUCCUGUGAUCAUCGAUCGAUUCUUCCUCAAGUUCUUCCUCAAGUGCAACCAAAACUGCCUUAAGAAUGCCGGCAAUCCCCGCGAUAUGAGACGCUUCCAGGUGGUCAUUUCCACGCAAGUAGGAGUAGAGGGACCGCUACUGGCAGUCUCGGACAACAUGUUCGUUCACAACAACAGCAAACAUGGUCGUAGAGCGAAACGAUUAGAUCCCAGUGAUCCCGGCGAAUACAACAGUCUUUAUACACCUGUACCUCUCCAAACACCGUGCAUAAAAGCGAUAUCACCGAACGAAGGAUGGACUUCUGGUGGAUCCACGGUUAUAAUUAUCGGUGAAAACUUCUUCGAUGGGCUUCAAGUAGUUUUUGGAUCGAUGUUAGUUUGGAGCGAGUUAAUCACACCGAACGCAAUCAGAGUGCAAACUCCUCCACGACAGAUACCUGGUGUAGUCGAAGUCACGCUUUCUUAUAAAACUAAACAGUUUUGUAAAGGAGCACCCGGAAGAUUCGUUUAUGUUUCCCUAAAUGAACCCACGAUCGACUACGGCUUCCAAAGGUUACAGAAACUUAUUCCCCGACAUCCUGGCGAUCCAGAGAAAUUACCGAAGGAAAUCAUACUGAAAAGAGCGGCAGAUCUUGCGGAAGCUCUAUACAGUAUGCCUAGAAGCGGAAACACAGGGAUCACAGGAGCACCUAGGAGUCCAGGAUCGGGUCAUCCCCCUGCACCUCCGACAUCCAGCUCGGCGACGGCGUUCAAUUCGUAUACAGGACAACUCGCAGUGACGGUACAAGAAAAUGGCACUGCCGCAAAAUGGACGGAUGACGGUAGUUCCGUGACGACAGGAGCCGGUGCUGGAGGCGGUGGCGGAGGUGGUGGUAGCGUUGGAGGAAGCGUCGGUGGUAGCACUGACGCAUAUAGGCAAAGCAGCAGUGCGAGUCCACGUGGGGUCGUAACCGGUGGUGGUUAUUGCGGAAGUUCAGCCAGUACACCUCACAGUCACAGCACAAACGGAAGUUAUUCGGUGGCCAAUCCGUAUACUGGUAGUCCGACUCUUUAUACAUCGCGACUAGGGGAGGUGGUUGGUUCACCGUUCAACAUGAAUCCAUUUAUGUUGCCCACCUGCAGCCAAGGAUAUUCGAAUGCCGCCAGUCCGUUGCUCUCGUCGAAUGGGAAAUAGUGUUACGAGAUGUAAGCUCCGACGAAAAUAUCGAGGGUCUGUGUGUUCACGGAAGCGUAAUCCAUCGUCACGAAGGAUUUUAUGCUGUAACAUUCUCAUAAUCAUCGUACUUGUGAUUGACAAUCGCUUUCUUGAAUCCGAAUCGGUCCUCUCGAUUCGCCUUUUUCUUCAUUUUUAUUUAUUUUUUUAUUAAACAAGAAAACGUGUUCAGGCGAUUUUCGUCGGAGCUGUUCGGGAUUGAAUGUAAACCAGUGCAAAGAAAAAAUUUAAAUAACGUUUUACGAUUAAUUAUGAUCGAAAUAAUAUAAGGAAUGAUACAUAUCGAAGCACAUGGCAGUGUUUUCUGUAUCUACUGACGUAGUCGUUCGAUUGAAGCGGGAAGCAAUUAAUCGGCCGUAUGUUAUCUAUUUACGAAGAAUUUAUAGAAAUGAUUUCGCUAUGAUAUACGAAAACAUAUGCAGAGUUUAUUUUAACAGGGAAAUACGUGUUAAUAUAUUCUGAGAAACAACCGAACGACUAUAGAACGUCUUUUCGUAUUGCUAUUUUUCAUAUAGCUAACCGAACGCGAAAAGAAGAAUUUUAUCAAUUUUAAUACCUCCUUUGCCCUACGUCUCCACUCGUAUACGAAAUCAAACUUGUGGCAAAAAUAUUUUCCAGGUGUCUUUCAUCGAUUUCGUAAUAAAGACGCUUUCAUAAUUUGUCUAAUUAUGUAUCUGGAAAUUUUUCGAAAUGCAACUGUAUACGCAGACGGGGAACGUUCACAGGGUGUUGAUCAAUUUUAUAUCAAACGAAGCAGAGAGGCUAAUUGAGGCUCGAGGAUACCACUAGAAUUGCUACUAUGGAUUAUCAAUAUCUUAUCAAUCACUUGGUGAUAUUAAACCUAGGGAAUGUAAGUUGAACAAAUUGUAGGAUUAAAAUAAUUUACUUUGAUUUCUAGAUAAUUCAUUAAUUUAUAUCAUUAAAAUUAAUUGACUUGGAUCUUUGAAAAUUUUAUU